CGACGGUGUACUGAUUUCGGUAACAAUUGUGUCACCAGAUCACCCUCAAUACAUGCGAAAUUGCACGCACCUCGUCAUCGCUUUCGCUCGACCCAUCUGCAAUACAGACCGGCAAGAGUGUGGCGCUUUGCCGAGUUCGUCGACUGUUGAAUUUGCAAUUUUAAAGAGCUCCAGUGCAAUCGUGCUAGGAAUUACCUUGAAAGAUCAGUUUCCGCCGUAUGUUCAAUUGGUCGUGGCUUCGGACACGAAUCGGACGUUAGCGAAAGUAUAUAAAGGAAGCACGAAUCGGGAGGUGUGGCUUUGCGUGUCCCGCGUUGAAGUGCACGCAAGCUAGGAACUCAAAACUUUGUUUCCCAGCCGCGGAAUUACAAUCUAAAUUGCAUGGUGAGUGCAGGAUUCCGAACCCUACUAAUGACCAGCAAGAUUGGAUUGUCUUGAAUAAUUCAAGAGGUCAAGAUUGCAGAAAACAAGAAGUGCUGGCAGCAUCCAGGGGAGAGCCCGGGGUCGGUGUGUACGGUGUCGCGGUAUCAAUUCAGUUAAUCUGGAGUUGCGACGAUCGGAAUGCGUUGAGGGGGAAGGGCGGGGCAAAAUUGGGAGAAUCGACAGGUCACGUGAAAGGGUGGAUGGUUGUUGAACAUUGUCAAACGUGGUAGUAGCAGUAUGUACACGAUGAGUUUUUUGCGCAAAUCGGUAGAUGAUGGUAAGUCGGGAGCUCGUCAGGUUCGAUGGCUGGAAUUUCAAUUCGAGUGCCCGUUCAGUCAUUGUCUGUGUCUCCAGACCACAGAACGGAAGAUGUCGGUGGAAAUAAUCUCUUCUACUUUGCUGAGUACUCCUUCGGCAGUAAAGACUCCUGAUCGAUUGACCCAAAUUGCCCUCGAGUCCACUGUCGGGGCUGCAUCUCUUCUCAGGGAUCCAGGUGCGUGCUCGUGAUCUUGAACGUUGUGAGGGGGCAUCGUGUCAACAAAGGAUUGUGGACCGACCGCUUGCGAUCAUACCUCAGCAGCAUGAGAAGAUGAUUGAAGCACCGGGGCAACUUGAAGGCUUUGUAACUGAAGUGAUCUAGGCCUAAAGUAGUACAGGAGGGGCCGAUAAGUGGCGGGAUCGACGAUUUUAUGUUAUCAUAACUUUUUAGCAUUUCUAAUCUUAAUAGAACUGUAUGAUAUAUUUCCAAUAGAAUCUGUCAAGUUGAUUGUGCU